AUGGACUCCAAGAUUGUAGUAUUCAUCUGCCUGGCGUGCGCGGCGAGUGCGAGUAUCAUCGCACCAGGACUUCCACUAGCGCGCGUCGAUCCACUACCUCAGUACUCGUACGGCUACGAUGUACAAGACGCACUUACAGGCGACUACAAAGGCCACCAGGAACACAGGAACGGAGACCUCGUCACUGGCUCCUACUCAGUCGUUGAUCCAGACGGCACGCGCAGAAUCGUGGAUUAUACUGCUGACUCUCUGAAUGGCUUUAACGCGGUCGUACGCCGCGAACCGUUAGUCUUUCCAGCCCCUGCUAAAGUUCUAGCCCCCGCGCCAGUAGUCGCCCCUGCACCUAUCCUUGCAAGAGCGCCAGUCUUUGCCCCCGCUCCUGCACCGUUCCUCACUCCAAGAUUACCCAGUCCUUAUUACUUUUAG